AUGUUAAUAAUCGUUUUUAUAUAGUUGAUUUUAGUGAAUUCGAGUGUAAUUCGUAGAUCAGAAACAAAAGUAGAUGAAUAAGGAAGAAAAUAUCAUUAUAGUGAGAAAUAUGAGGAGGAAUUUUCUUAUGAAAUUUAGAAGAGAUGUUCUGAUGAUGAUUCAGAAGGUUAAUUAGAAUUUGAAAAUGGUAUUAAAUUAAAUAAUAUUCAGAUUUGAAGUAUGAUGAAGACUUAGAAGGUAAUGUAGAAGGAAAACAUAUAGAUGGAAAUGAGGAACUUCAAUAAUAAAGAGAUGAUCAAUAAAAUGAGAAUGAAGAUGAAUAAUAAAAGGAAGAUGAAAAAGUAGAAUUAAAAAGAGAGAAAUAGAAACAUAUUAGAAAAGAGAAAGAAAUUGAUGAUUAUGUGUUAUUACUUUAAAAUGAGAGUUUAAAAUUACAUUUGAUUGCUAAUUGAU